AUGGCGUAUUACGGACGAUCGGGUAUUGAGCGUAUGACGUUGGUUGUGGAUGUGGAUCAUACGCUUACCAAGUUAUUGGAGUGUGCAUCGGCAUGGCAUGAAUUGGAAUACGGAGUGAAGAUUAAUGUUAAAGAGGUAAUAUCUUCUAGUUGGACGAGUGUAUGGGGAAAUGAAGACGUGGAGAAGAAGAGAAACGCGUUCUACGAGUCUAAACAGUUUAAGACGGAGCUAGCGGCGGUGGACGGAGCUAAUGAGGUGCUCAAGACACUACGCAAAUUUUUCUCGCUGCUGGCAAUUACAGAUCGUCCACGAUUUGUGGAGAAACAGACACGAGAGUGGCUGGAUCACCACUUUGCUGGUGUCUUUGACAAACUCAUAUUUGUAGACGAGGAUAAUUCAGAUCAACUGGUGGCACGAAAGAAAGAACUAUUUGACGAGCUCAAGGUGAAGAUUGCUGUUGGAUCUGAUGCUGCGAUGUUGAUGGAAGCGGCGAAGGACGUUAAACAUGUGGUGGUUGUUGGAUCCUUACCGUGGAUGAAGGCUGCUGUGGAAUUGCAAAGCGGUGUGGUUCAGGUUGAUAACUGGUCAGUAGCCAAAGAGGUGUUUGAUCGAUUAAUCGAGGAACUUGACCUCGAACCUCUAGACAAGGUGGCUGUUGGGCCUCGUCUCGCUCGAUACACUGACGACUUGGUGACAGUGUCGACGCGGAAACCGGCAGUAUUCUACGCCAACAUCAUUAAUUCGAAGUUCACGGUGCAGAAGCAGGAGACGAUUCGACUGCAGGCGUCCGAGGCGGCCAUCACGACGGCUGUGCAGGUGGCGGAAAUUCUGCGCAUGCAAAACAACUCUACUACGACCAAAAUUACGACGCGAUACUCGUUGAAUCGGCCGAAAGAGCGUGGUGGUUACCGCGUACCCAAGAUGGAGUUGGUGUUACAGCGCGUUGCGCACGAAGGCUAA